CGGAGAACUGGUUUGACAUAUUAUAUUAUGUUAAAGCUGAAAGCGUUGAAGAGAAAAAUAAGGUGUUAGCUACAAUUAGGGAAUAUGUUAAUAGCAUGAGAAACUCAUACAGACUAUCGAUUUCUGAAACAUUAUUGAUUCCUGUUCUCUCAAAAAUUUAUUGUAUAACACAUGCAAAUUGCAUUAAAA